GGGAACAUAAACAUGAGAAGUGGAACACAGCCGUUCGUUCUGCUCUAAACCUUUUUCAGACUGAGAAGCAGGAGAAACUACUGACAUACUAUUGUAAAGAUGGAGAUUAAGGAAGAACCCUGCAGAAUAAAAGAUGAAGAUACAGAGGAACAAAUAGACCCGUUGGAAGUGAAUAAAGACGAACCUCAUAAUUUCACAAAUGAAGAUGGAAAACUGACAUAUAAAGAUGAAGACAAACAACAUCUGCUUCAAAAAACUCAUUUAAAAAAUGAAGAUGGAAAUGCAGUCGUUUCAAACACUGAAGAGAAUUUCACACAAAAACAAGCUGGAAAAUCUGGAGAAUCUUUCACCAGCUCUGAGUGUGGAAUAAGUUACAUACAUAAAUCAGACCUUAAGAGACACAUGAGAAUACACAUUGGAAAAAAACCGUUCACAUGCACUCAAUGUGGAAAGAGUUUCUCAUAUAAAUCAAACCUUAAGACACACAUGAGAGUUCACACUGGAGAAAAACUGUUCACAUGCACUCAGUGUGGGAAGAGUUUUGGUUACAAAAACGUUCUCAACAAUCAUCUGCGCACUCACUCUGGAGUGAGAUCAUUCAGCUGUGAUCAGUGUGAUAAAACAUUUGUCUUGGCAUCUGGCUUAGAAGCACACCUUAAAGUUCAUGCUGGUGUGAAGCCUCACUUUUGUUCAUUUUGUGGGAAGGGUUUUUCAAAGCUGCACAUUUUAAAACAGCAUGAGCGUGUUCAUACUGGUGAGAGACCUCACGUGUGCUCUGACUGUGGGAAGAGCUACAUUACAUCCAGUACCUUAAAAAAACACCAGAGAAUUCAUACUGGAGAGAAACCGUACAAGUGCUCACACUGUGGGAAGAGAUUCACUUUCUCACAGUCCUUAAAAAAUCAUGGGAGAGUUCACACUGGAGAAAAACCGUACAAGUGCUCACACUGUGGGAAGAGAUUCAUUCAGUCAGGAACCUUGAAAAAUCAUAAAAAAAUUCAUAUUGGAGAGAAACCUUACCAGUGCUCACACUGUGGAAAGAGAUUUGCUUACUCAAAAUCCUUGAAAGAUCAUGAGAGAGUUCAUACUGGAGAGAAGCCGCACCAGUGCUCUUCAUGUGGGAAGAGUUUCACCCAAGCGUCUCAUCUACAAACUCAUGUCCGAAGUUGCCUCAAUGUCCAUCACUGACAAAAAAUACGCUUACAAAAAAAUAAUUUGACAUUCAGAUUAAGCAAAAGCUGGAUAAUUUACUAAAAUUAGUAAUGAAGUUUGAUUGUUUGACAAGAGGUUAUUGACAAAAUAAUAGUUUAGAAAACUAGUGUAGCCAUAAAACGACUUGUGAAGGGAUGUUUUGUUUCUUUGUUAUUUUCAUUAAUUGUGCAUAUGAUGCAUUUGUUGCAACAGUCUAUUAAAUCAUAAUACAUAUUCCAAACAACUUGUUUAGACGUGAUGCAUUAAGAUAUUAAAGACUUUUUUGCAUUGAAAAAAAAAGAUUCUAUUAAAAUCGCAGACAAACAGCAAAUGUUUAACAGCUUUAAUAGUCAUUUUAUUGCACCUGGGCCUACAUUCCAAAU